ACUUACUAGUUUCAUGUUUUGACAUUCGUAACCUACGUGGUGAUUUGAAUUUUUCAUCAUUUAAAUUAAAAAUCUUAUUAGAAAAUGGGCAGUAGAAAAAAUAGGGAUGAUAUAUUAGCGAGGGUUAAUUUCCCUCUCUAUGCCGUACAAAUGUUGUCGAAUAGGCAUGUAAUUGUUGGAGGAGGUGGAGGUUCCUCAAAAACGGGUGUAGCAAAUGGUUUUGAAAUAUUUGAAAUUUCUCACAAUGGAAAAAUGUUCCUAGCAGAAGAAGUUACUAGACAUGAAACUGGGCCAAGUGUUGUCAUGAACUUUUCUACCUUUAAAAACGGGAAACACACUUUCAUAGUUGCAGGGCAAGAAAAUCAUUGCCAACUCUACAAUGUUGAUAGUGUAAUAGUAAAAGAAGAUUAUGUUGAAAACUUGGGUGCUGAAAAUGGCUCCGAAUUGAGAGAACGAAAACCAAAAGCCAAAUUGAAAACAGACAACAAUAAAAACUCCAAAAUGUUAAAAUUUGUGAUCAAACCUUCUGACAGUGUACAAAGUGACUUUAGUGGUGAAGAGCCUUUAUUACGAGUAAUAAGGAUUCAUCCUAGUGGUCAACUCUUAGCUACAGGAGGAACUGAUUGCCAAGUGAGAUUGUGGAAAUUUCCAAAGUUAGAGCAAGUGAAAGUUCUGAAAGGUCAUACAAAAGAGAUUGAUGAUAUGGAUUUUAGCCCUUUAAAUAACCAUCUCAUAACAAUUUCAAAGGAUGGGCUUGCUAUAUUGUGGGAUUGUGUGAAUGGCAAGGAAAUUAUUAAAUUGAAGUGGCAACAACCUGAAGGCUCCAAGUAUCUCUUUAAGAGAUGUAGGUUUGGUGUUAUUGAGGGGGAAAAAAUUUGUGCAGUUUACACAUUAUCGAAUCCUACUGGUCUAGCUAAAAAACAAAAGUCAUAUCUUCAGAAGUGGAUUCCUGAAUCCGGUGAACUCAUAAAGAUGUGUCCAUUUGAUGAGAGUCUCUCUGCCCUGGCUGUAAGAGAUGAUGGACGUUUUGUUGCUGUUGGCAGUAUGUUCAGUGGAUCGGUUUCCAUUCAUGCUAGUUUUAGUUUGCAGAAAGUUUUGAACAUACCAGGGGCACAUUCAAUGUUUGUGACAGGACUCGAAUUUUUACCAGUUAACUCAGAUUUGACCUCAGUUACCAGUAAUGCUGAAGCUGCAGUUCUCUCAAUAUCAGUAGAUAAUCAUUUAUGCAUCCAUACUCUCAGCUAUAGAAAAACCAUUCCAGUUUGGUUUGCCAUUGUGAUACUUGUUGCUGCUAUAUUUCUCACUUUUGUAUUUUGUUCAUAUGUAGGUAUAUAAACGAUUUUAGUGAAAUUUUGUAUAUAAAAGGUUGUAAAAUAAAUUGGUUCAUAUAA